UUUUUGGACAGAAAAUAUGGUGCAGAAUUUUUAAUACUUUUAACUGUAUUGACAAAAUGGAGUUGAAAAACAAGGAUGAAGUAAAAGCUGACCGAGUUCACUUCUCUCAUGAAAACAAAAUUUUGACCGAUUUAGUUCAACAGGCGCGAGAUUCACCCACUCUGGUGGGUCUUACAGAUGACCAGUUGUUGGAAAAAGUCGAAAACAUUUUACUGGAAAAGAUCCAGACUGGUGAUAAACAAGCUUACUUCCAGCUAGGAUUAUUUUACUAUGAACAGGAAAAAUACUUGAAGGCACGUGUGUACUUUGAGCGAUCCAAGAAGUUUGACUAUCAGUCGAUGUACAUGCUGGCUGUGAUGUGGUUUGAUGGCAUAGCGUGUGAACAAAACUCAGAACAUGGUGUGGAGUAUCUGAUGAAGAUUGCUACGUGCAAUUCAAAGAAAGUCAAACACUUGCUGCAUUCUGUACAGUUUAACAUAGGCCGAGCCUACUUCCAGGGCUAUGGAGUAAAACAUCAGUCAGAUGAGGAAACUGAAAAAUGGUGGCUGUUGGCUGCUGAUGACGGGAAUCCCAGUGCAAGUGUUAAAGCUCAAUCUCAUCUUGGUAUGUUUUACUCUAGAGAAGAAACCCGCAACUUGAAAUUGGCUUUCUUUUGGCACUCUGAAGCUUGUGGAAAUGGCAGCUUGGAAUCGCAAGGUGCUCUAGGGGUGAUGUAUGAACAUGGGGUUGGUGUUAAGAAAUGCCUGGACGCUGCCUACAUCUGCCUGAAGGAUGCGUCGGACAGGGGAAAUGUGUACGCCAUGGGAAACCUCGUCUCUCACUAUUACAAGAGAAAGAUGUUUACCAAGGCUGCAGACUUAGGAAGCAAAGUUGCUGAGCUUGAAGAUAUUGACACGAUGGCUGAAGAAACAGAAUGUCUUCCCAGCUACAUAGCUAAAGGAAUCUCAAUAGCCUCUUUCUUUUAUGCUCGAUGUUUGGCGCAGGGUCUUGGAACAAUGCAAGACAAAGAAAAAUCUGAAAUUUAUUAUUCAAGAAGUUAUGAAUUUGAUCCUGAUGCGUGUGCUCAUCUACAAAACAUCACACAACACGGACUCAUAUAGACCAUGUUUAGUAUUACUUUGUUUUACUCGUGUGACAUACGGCUGUUUACUACUUUGUGAAGAGAAUAUACAGAAACUCAAACUCAAAGAUAUACUUUUUAGAAGAAACAAAACAUAUUUAGGAGAAAAAAACAAACAUCUUGAUCGAUCAUUAAUGAAAAUGAAUACAGGUACUCAGAAAGUGUUUACAUAUGUGUAACAAAGUUAACAGUCAGUAGUUUACUAAAUCAUUUUGGGGGUCACAUAGCAGUGGUACAUGUCCACAUUUGAAGAUACCAUAAUUGACCACAUGUUGCAAUAGAUGAGGGACUAAUGUCUAUGCCAGAGGGAAAUAAAAAGUGUCACCAGUCAUUACCAAGUUUGUGUCAUAACUUAAAUAAUUUUCACUUGUCAUUAACGUCAUUGAGUAUAAAUGGAAAUUAUUUUAUGAGAGACAUAAACUUCAUAAUAACUGGUAAUAAGUUUAAUAUUCAAAUUAUUAUCACAGCUUUUAUAUUUUAAACAAAAAACUUUAUUAUUAAAUAAUAUUCUAAAACUUGCGAUGCAUAUAUUAAUUUAUCCAUAACAAUUAAUUUAGGGGUACAAAAGGAAGCAUCACUUCUUGGUGUAGCAAAUAAAUAUUUAGCUCAUUAUAUUUGUUCAUAUACCAGUGUUAAACUGAAAUAAUGAAUAUUCAUGUCUGUAUACAUAAUAGUCUAAAGAAUAAUUAAGAUAUCUUUUGAAAUGCGAAACUAGUUUUAACAUGGUCAGAUAGUAUGUAUGAUGAGCUUUUUCUGUUUGUGUAUAUCAUACAAUAUUAUAAAUGUGUUGAUGCUAUUGCUGUUAGAUAACUUUUAAUCAGCUAUGCUAAAUUGUGAUUUUCAACAUAGAAAUAUUUUUAGCUUUUUACCAUUUAAUUUGCCUGGUGUGGAAAUUGCUUUAAAAUGCUAUUGACUUCAUUAUGCUGUGACUGAUCAAAAUGGAUUGGCACAUGAGACCCCAACUGAAGUUCCUAACAUCCCAACAGGAAUCAAUUUAACAAACACUAAAUUAAACAUUACACCAAGGACAUAUUUGGAAAAAAGAAAGAAAGCUGUGGAUCAUUUAGUCAUUAUAGUAAUAUUAAUAAUUACACUUCAUCUUUAUAGAAUGUAAUCUUCUUCUGUAAUUAUAACAAGUCUUGAAAUGCAACUCAUCUUAAUUAAAAUGUAAAGUGCAUAGUUCCAGGUACAUUUUAAUACACAUGUUUUUGUUAUUUAUCUAAAAUAAUACCUUCUCUUCAAAUUCUCAUGAAACCUUUUGACCAACUGAUACAUGUUUUAGGAUUUAACAAUAUUUGCAUGACAUGAUGUUUAAAUAAAUUCAUGUACAUUUAAAAAAAAAAAAACCUUGUAGGCUAGCAAGAAUAACAAAAUGUGGGAGUAGUAUUCUGUGAGCAUUAAAAGCUAUAUUAGUCUUCCCUUUUUUUCUGUUAUAUACAUAUUUUAUAAAUGUGAUUUUCCCAAAGAUAUUUUGCCAAAUAUUAUUACCAUUCAUAGUAUCAUAAAGAUAGUGUUUCUAGAUUUGCCAAAAAUAAUUGUACAAUUUAUAUUGUAUGUUGAAUUGUAGUAUUGUUUUCUAUGUUUCUGUUUUAUCUUUGUUUGUAUUUACAAAUAAUACUGGUAUUGAUGACUAUGAAUUAUUUAUUUGGUCUUGACCUUUGUUUUAUUAGAAAUCACCUUUGUUGUUAUCUAGUUAACCCAAAAUAUUUCAGUUAAGUAUUGGCAUAAUUUUCACCAAAUACAACUGUGUUUAUAGUAAUCCACUUUUAUCUCAAUCUGUUUGGGUCAGUCCCUUCAGCACUGAGGUAAUGGAGGUUGGCUGUACAGUGAAACCCCUAAAACUGGACCCUUUGUCAAGUGGCAUUCUCUUAAAAAAAAAAAAAUCACAGUCCUUUUUUCAAAUAUUAAUACAGAAUAUAUUGGCUCUCUAAACUGGAUACCUUUAAAAACUGGACAUUUUACUUGGUCUAAAGAGUGUCUGGUUUAGGGAGGUGUCAUUGUAUUAUAUUAGCCAUCAAAAUAAGUCGAGAACAGUUGUUAGGUUACCAGGAGGUUAUCACAUGUCAAAAAUUCGAGAAUGGUACUUUGUUGUUCACUUGGGUUUUGUUUUUGUUUUUGGGGUGUUAAAAACAAACAAACAACAAAACUAUAACUAAAAAACACACACACACACAAAAAGAAAAGAAAUAGAAAAGCACCACCAUCUAAAUUCUGAUCAACUGUGUGCAUUUUAAUUAUAAAUCAUACAAAGAUGUAUCAGUAUAAUGCAAACAGUACUACAGAUAACAAUAUAAACUUUAUAAAUGGGUGGUAACCUAUAGGGUGCCAGACACAUAAUUUACGGUAACCUGUACAUGAGUUACAAGGCAUUAUGCUUAUUCCAAUGUCUGUUUGGUGAUCUGUUUGCUACAAAUUAUCAUCACAGGCUGAGCCCUAUAUAUUUCAUACAGUUUUAUUUAAUGAUGCACUCAACACAUUUUAUUUACGGUUAUAUGGUGUCAGACAUAUGGUUAAGGACCACGCAGAUAUAGAGAGAGGAAACCGCUGUCGCCAGUUCAUGGGCUACU